GCAAAGUUUCCUUCCUCCUUUCCCCGCUUCCCACUUUUUGCCGCCCACCUCUUCCUACCCCUCUGCUCACAUCUUCGAUCUCCAUCCCCCUGCUCUUCCUUCCUCCGUGCUGGCGCCACGCAACCCACUCUCUUUCCUUUGGGGAUAUUUCCCGUCCCCACUGCUUGAUCUGUCUCCAUAAUGCAGUAUCUCUCCAAAGCUUACAACUACUACUCUGGCAUAAAUCCUGCAACUCUUUCAGGUGCUAUCGAUGUCAUCGUCGUCCGACAUGUCGACACUGAGGGCACAGUCACUCUCUCCUCUUCGCCGUUUCAUGUCCGUUUUGGCAAGCUUCAAGUCUUGCGAGCAGCAGAAAAGCGGGUUACUAUAAGACUGCCGAAUAAUCUUCCUGCACCUCAUGUGGCUCCGUUUCAUAUGAAAGUUGGCGAGACGGGAGAGGCGUUCUUCGUGGUGGAGACGGACGAACAGGUGCCAGCGGAUUUGUUGACAAGCCCGGUUGUCAUGCCUACCGAAUCUGAAGUGCCGCCUUCACCGCCCUUGUCGGGUGAGCAUCCUCCGGAAGAAGAACAUCUGGAAUCAUUAACGCAAGAGCCGUUUGGCGAUACCGAGCAGAAAGUCCCACAUGAAUCGCCGCUUGGUGAAGUCGACUUUCUGGAUCUCAAUGCAUCGCCUCCUGGAACCCCGAAUAAGCGAAGGGGAGAUGAUCAGCAAGAAAAGCAUACGGCUGCCAACAUCUCAAACUCUUUGACCAAGUCCUCUCUCCUCGGUACCGCUUCGACUCUCCUCCCUAGUCCUUUGAAACCCUCACCGUCCAAAUAUCCCGAUAAUAGCCCACCACCGCCUCCUGCCCGUCAGCCGUCCAUUGAUGACGGUAUCCCCAAUGGCAACGACGAAUCUUUAGCCAAGCAGUCCUCUCACCCUGUUGUGUCCAAUACCAACGACGAACCAAACCCCAUGCAAGCACGCCCGGGAGAGAAAACCAGUCUCCCCCUGCGCGACCUCAAACUUGAAAAGCUCAAAUCGGAUAGUCACAACGCUACAGCUAGUGUAAAUGCGACGCGAGGGGAAGAAGGCUUGCCAAAAGUCAAGGCAGGCCAAGGAGAGGGCCCAGAAGUGGUGUAUGGCAAGGAUGUGGUUCUCGAUAUGGAUGGCUAUCAUUCUUCAACCAAUGCGGAUGGGUCGGCAUCGGAGAAUGAGCAAGAUGGUUCUGUGGAGGCGUUUAUCCAGGAUCUCUUGGCUUCUAUCCAGCCGGCAGCAUUGGCGAUGGACGGCCGACCAAAACCUAGAAAGUCCAAAUCGGCGGAUACAGAGGUGCCUUCCUCCAGAAGCGAUGAAGACGAGGACGAGGAUGAAGAUGAAGAUGCACAUACCCCUGUAGAAUAUUCCCCAGGACAAGGUCUCUCUUCUGCUCGGCAGCCUUUACCUGUCUCGAACCCCCGUAACCGGCCACCCACACGCAGUCGGCUUGACCGUGGUCAGUCUGAACCGCCCCAAUUACAAUCGCAAGAUGACCUCUCCCGGUCGCCUGAUCGAGGCGCUAAAGCCGCAAUGGAGAUGGAGUGGGAUUGGGGACGCCGCAAACCUCUCGGUGGUAACGGUGAGAUAGACGAGGGAGGUUCAACCAGUAUUGGAAGGCCACCACUAGGCAGAUUGAAGAACGUGGAGGAAAAUCCGUACAUGUUUGUAUUAGAAGUAGGUAAGAGAACGCACAUGUUUGAGCUUGCUCUUUGUGAAGAAUGGGGACACAACUCUACUGAGGCGUCUCAAGAAGCCGCUUUCAUCAAGAAUCGUCUAACCUUUCAAACUUUCAUCGAAUCUCCUACUGUUGUGGAUGACGUCAACAUCAUCCUACGAUACAAUGAACUCUUUUUCACCUGGUCCACGGGUUAUCGCUUGUUAUACGCCCUUGCCAUGUAUCGCCGAGCCCUCGUACCUCCCUCAGCCUCGCCGAGCUCGCCCACUUUACCAGAAAUGUCGUUAUCAGGCCUGGGCGCUGGGGAGCAACGCAGGCGGUCCGAUAGUCGAGUAGAGACAGGGGAAGGAACGCAAAGACAGAGUGGGUAUGGAUGGUCGAGAUGGUGGAGGAGGGGACAAAGUUCGGGCGCUAGUGCUCCGCAAGGACCACCUUCCGUGCCAGGGCAAGAGCCGCCCCGGGAACCGAAGACUGAAACCGCACCGGCUCGUACAACACCUGUCCCCGGUACGCCCGCUACAGAUGUGCAGGGUCAAGAUAAAGAAGGAGGGGUUCCCGGUGGGACCGAAACCGAAGCUGGGACCCGUGCCGGUCUUCAGGGGGAAGAUGAAAAAGUUUUACCAGUUGAAGGGGUAAAGAAUUACGCAAAGACUUUGCGACUGUCAUCUGAGCAACUUCAACAACUUCAUCUCAAGCCUGGACCAAACACUGUUCAGUUUUCAGUCACCUCUUCUUACUCUGGCCUGGCCACGUGCGCUGCGAGGAUAUUUUUAUGGGAGGAGACCGAUCAGAUUGUCAUCUCAGACA